AACACAUCCCCGCUCCGCUCCGCAUCGCCUUCAGCGCUUCGCUGAGCAAGCCAUGGGAGCUGGGGCCUCAACGACUGGCAUCGCCGGCAUCGCAGAGAAAGAGAUGAAGAGCCUUCGGGAAAAACCUCAGGUGAUUCUGGUCGAGAGAACUGUCUCCCAAGUUGAGGAUCAGAUGAAUCUUCAGUCCUACUCAUCCUGGGACAGUCUCAGUGACAGUGACUGUGAAUCCGAGAAUCUCGAGCUCGAAGCUCUUGAAGCUCUCGAAGCUCCAGUGGCGCCCAAUCGACAGGAUCAUCUCAAGUGGCUAGAAGAAUUGGAUAUUUUUCAGGUCGAGGCUGAAGAGGAACCCGAGGCCUUUCUGGCGCUCUUCAAGGAUAGAGCUCUGGAAUUGGAUGCACAACGCUGACUUGGACCCGGCGGGUGGUCUAGAUGGCUGUGAUGCUGAUCCUCUGGAUGCCUAACCAAGACGAGCCUCACAGUAUCCGAACAAAAAGUUGAAAACGCCCUCAAACUCAAUUAGCCGCCAGGGCUUGGGUUUUUUUCCAGGGCGCGAAAAAAUCAAUAGGAAUUAGAUUCCGCCUGUCCAAGCUGCUUCGCCCCCAGGGGAUUUUCAGGCUUGGAUCAUUUUGGAUGGGACGAUCGAGGAUCUCCAGAGCACAUUUUGCAGCACCCAUUCGUGAC